AAUUUUUUUACACAAAAUUAUGAAACAUCGCGUAUAUAAAUUCGUUGAAAUUUGCGAAACCGCAAAAGUAAUAAAAGAUAAAGAUGAUAACGAGAGUGUCAGACGCGCAAAAAUUGUUACACAUUGCAAAAUCGUCUUUUGAAUACCAUUGAAUCGCUGACUAGCGAUAAAUUAUGAUUAUACAUACGUUUGAUAUGUAGAUCGCGACGCAAUUGAAAAUAUCCAGCCGAAUAAAACCACGAAAUUGCAAUAACGGUGUCAAAAACAGCAGUUCGAAGAACGAUCAGCAAAUUUUGUGCGAAAUAAUCUAUUUUAAAUAAAGACACACAGCUGCUAAUGAUGACAGUACAGCGAGCGAUCGCGUACGAUUUGUAUCUGUGAGUCAAAAAAAGUAGACACUUUAAUUUAAAUUAAGUUAUUAGUUACUACUUCAAGUAAGUUUCCAUCUCGUUCACACAUUCGCUCGAUGAAAGACAUGGCUGUUCAUCGGUAUCUGUUGUUAAUUAUUGUUUUAUGCUGCGCCGCGUUAAUUUGCGGCACUCUGUUGAAUGCAAAUGACGUUGAAACGUGCAACUUUCUUUGCGGACAAUGUAACACCGCUGCGGUUUUUGCAAACGGUUACUGUGAAUGCAGUUUUCCCGACAGCGAUGUUAAAAAUGUAGAAUGUGUAAAGCGCUUACAAAGAGAGAGCGAGACCGUCGAUCUGAAUAUACUUCCUGAAGACCUCACAGAUGAAAAACGAGAUGUGCGUUCUCUAAAAUCUAAACAUCGUCUCAGAACGGGAGAUGCCGAAAAAGUGGCACAAUAUUUUAACAAUGGGGGACCAAUGGCUGGUCACUCCCACUUUGUCAAAGCAUUCAAUACGAUAGCCCAAGAUAGCACCGAUCACGCGAUAAAUUCGUUUUCGGACGUGAACAAAAACAAUAUCAAGUCUGAAAGCGAAUUUCUCAGCGUGCCAAUAAUUAGCGCCAAUUAUCGAGAUUCAUGGAAAUCUCCGUUGUCUGUGGUACCAGAAGCCGCGAGUCCGGACGUUGAGACGUACAGCACGAAUCAUCCGAUCUUCGAUUAUCCUACAACAAACGGAUUGUACGACACGUUGAUGGGUGUGCCUCAUCACACUCGCCACCACUCUCACCAUCUUCACCGGAAUCCUUUGUUAAGAGCGCUGAAUCUUCCAAAACACAUUUUGCACAACUUACUUGGACAUCACGUACAUCAUUAUCAUUAUUAUCCAGCGCAUCAUCGUCGCAACGCUUUAGUCAGAAGUACAAAUAAUCAAGACACUGUUGCCGCAAGCAAUCCUAUGUCGGAUAAUUCGCAAUAUGACGCAGAGAUGUCACCUAUUUCUGACAUAAAUACAACACAUCAGCCAAUGCAAUAUUAUUAUCAGCCUGAUACUGGAUAUUACUAUACUCCUUACAGUAAUCCAUUGAUGAACCCAUAUCCUCUGAACUAUUAUUCUCCAUCUUUUCACACGCCAUUAGUUCCAUGUUCUAUAGUCCCUUCUCACUGGCAAGAUACUCCUAAACAAACUAAAAUUCCAACCGCCAAAACGGAUGAUAACGUAGCUAAGAUCAACAAUGUUGAUGAAAAAAAAACCAAAACCAAAGUUAAAAACGACAAAUCCAAAUAAACUGUUUUUGUAAAAUAUGCAACUCCAAAGUUCUUUUUUAUUAAUUUUAUAUAAAUAACUUUCUACAACAAAGUGAAAAUGUGUUAUAA